CCCGGCAACGGUCACACUGCGUGUGUCUGCAAAAAUUUGUAAUAAAAAUUUUAACACAAUAUUAAACCGAAGCGAGCAGUUUUAAAAAGAAAAGCUCAGAAUCAGGAGAAGGCGCCAUGCGAUUUGCUCUGGCCACUGUGGCCAUCAUCUGGACGCUUUUCGUCCUGGCCGAUGGAGUGGAUCCCGGGAACUUCAAGACCUGCGAACAGAGCAGUUUCUGCCGACGCUCCCGAAAGGUCCAGAGUGCCGGCAGCAAGUACGCCCUAGUUCCGGGCACCCUGAACACCUAUGCGGACUCCCUGACCGCCGAUCUGGUGAACAAGGACAACGGCCACCAGUUCGCCUUCAAGCUGGAGGCUCUGGCGGGCAGCACCUUCCGCCUGCAGAUCGAUGAGAAGCAGCCACUGCGGCCGCGAUAUCGCGUUGAGCACGCCCUCAAGGGUCAGCCCCAAUCGGAGCGCAUUCGCAUCCAGAGUGAGACCGAUGGGCAGAUCGUGGUGACAUCGGAGAAGAACAAGGCCGUCAUCCACGGCGAUCCCUUCCGCGUUGAUUUCUACGAAAGCGACGUCCUGGUGGUCUCGGUAAAUGCCAAGAACUGGCUGUACUUCGAGCAUCUGCGUCAGAAGGCUCAGGGUCAGGCCCCAGAGCCCGCGGAGAACGAUAACCAGCAGCAGGAGCAGGAUGCCGCCGUGGAGGCGCCCAAGGCGGCCGAUGACAUCGGCGAUGAUCCCGGCGCCUGGGAGGAGAACUUCAAGUCGCAUCACGACUCCAAACCCUACGGCCCCGAGGCAGUGGCCCUCGAUUUCUCGUUCCCCGCCGCCGAGGUUCUCUUCGGCAUUCCCGAGCACGCCGAUAGCUUCGUGCUGAAGUCCACCUCGGGCACGGAUCCCUAUCGUCUGUACAAUCUGGAUGUGUUUGAGUAUAUUCUAGACAGCAAGAUGGCCCUGUACGGCACAGUGCCGGUGAUCUACGGCCAUGGACAGCAGCGCACUGCUGGCGUUUAUUGGCAGAAUGCCGCCGAAACCUGGGUGGACAUCCAGACGGCGGAGACGAAUGUGGUCUCGUCGCUGGUUAACUUUGUAUCCGGUUCGCGCAAGACUCCGCCGCCGGCGGCCCACUUUAUGUCCGAGUCGGGCAUCGUGGACGCCUUCAUCAUGCUGGGUCCCAAGCCCAUGGAUACGUUCAAGCAGUACGCAGAUCUGACGGGCACUCACGAGUUGCCCCAGUUGUUUGCUUUGGCCUACCACCAGAGUCGCUGGAACUACAACGACGAGCGGGAUGUGACGGCCGUUUCGGCGAAAUUCGACGAGUUCAACAUCCCCAUGGACACCAUGUGGCUGGAUAUCGAGUACACCGAUGGCAAGCGCUACUUUACCUGGGACAAGUUUAAGUUCCCGCAGCCCCUGACCAUGAUCAAGAACCUCACCGAGCUGGGUCGUCAUCUAGUGGUGAUUAUCGAUCCGCAUAUCAAGCGGGACAAUGGCUACUUCUUCCACUCGGAGUGCACGGAUCGCGGUUACUACAUAAAGACGCGCGAGGGCAACGACUACGAGGGUUGGUGCUGGCCUGGAGCGGCCAGUUAUCCGGAUUUCUUUAAUCCCGUGGUCAGGGAUUACUAUGCCAGUCAGUAUGCACUGGACAAAUUCCAAACGGUGACCGCCGACGUGAUGCUGUGGAACGACAUGAACGAACCGUCGGUGUUCAAUGGGCCCGAGAUCACGGCGCCCAAGGAUCUGAUACACUACGGCAACUGGGAGCACCGCGAUGUGCACAAUCUGUACGGUCACAUGCAUCUGAUGGGCUCCUUUGCCGGCCUGCAGCAGCGCGAUCCCAACCAGCGUCCCUUCAUCCUGACACGCUCUCACUUUGCCGGCUCGCAGCGCUAUGCGGCCAUCUGGACGGGUGACAACAUGGCCGACUGGUCGCAUCUCCAGCACUCCAUUAAGAUGUGCCUCACGGAAGCGGUGGCGGGCUUCUCUUUCUGCGGCGCCGAUGUCGGCGGCUUCUUUGGCAAUCCCGAUAGCGAGCUGCUGGAGCGCUGGUAUCAAGCCGGUGCCUUCCUGCCCUUCUUCCGUGCCCAUGCCCACAUCGACACCAAGCGGAGGGAGCCGUGGCUAUUCCCCGAACGCACCCGCCAGGUGAUCCAGAAUGCGGUGCUCAAGCGUUAUGCUUAUCUGCCCCUCUGGUACACUGCCUUUUACGAACUGGAGUUGACUGGUGCCCCGGUGAUCCGUCCCCUGUUGGCCCACUAUCCGCUCGAUAAGGAGGCCUUUGGCGUGGACAACCAGUUGCUCGUGCAGGAUCGCCUGCUGGUGCGCCCCGUCAUGCAGCAGGGCGUCAGCAAGGUGGACGUCUACUUCCCGGUCAUUGAUGACAAGAAGAACGGUGACUGGUGGUACGAUGUGGAUACCUAUCAGCGCCAGGAGCGUUCUGGCUACGUGUCGGUGCCAGUGGAUGACAACAAGAUUCCCGUUUGGCAGCGUGGCGGCAGCAUUGUUCCGCGGAAGGAGCGCCAGCGACGCGCCUCUACUUUGAUGCUGCACGAUCCGUACACACUGAUCAUCUGCCUGGACAGAGAGGGCAAGGCAGCAGGGUCGCUUUAUCUGGACGACGAGAAGUCCUACGCCUACCGCCAGGGUCAGCGCAUCCAUGUGAACUACGAGUUCGCCAACGGCCAGCUGCAGAACAGCUUUGUGGGCAAGCCCAAGUACAAGACAGACGCCUGGAUCGAGCGCAUUGUGUUCGCCGGUCUGGAGAAGGUGCCCAGCAGCGCCAGCAUCACGGUGAAUGGUGUCACCCAGCCUUUGGAGGUGCUGCAACAUGACCAAUCCGUCGUCGUGCGCAAGCCGGGUGUCAAGAUGGACGUCGACUUCGCCAUCAAACUCAACUAUGUUUAGUGUGUAGUGUCCUCGUCGCCACGUAUUAAUGUCCUGAUAUAUAUGCAUAUGCAAUUACUAUUAAAAUUAUGAAAUUGCUAUUAUAAUGUCUUGAGGCGCAGCUUUCCCAUCAAUAAAUAGAUUCAUUGGGUGGCUUUAAAUGCAGCCGCCUUCGAUUAGUUAA